GGUGAGUUGCCACGCUCAAAUGGUCAUAAGUUUAAUGGCUUCAUUUCUUACUGUAUCUCUCUGCGCAACAGGAAAAACACUCAGAAGCCUGAUGGUGAAUUCAUCAGUCGCUUCCAGCAAGCAUUUUCAGACAUUGUCCCUCGGCGAGACAGCCCGAGUUUGUCAAAUACAGACUCGCACAAUGUGAGAGCAGCAGAAACUGUGAUGGCCUCAAGAAUGACCGAGAACAGCGAUGUGAAAAUGGAGAGUCAUGAUAUCAAGUUCCCCAUCACCAACAAUGAACGCACUCCCCGAAAUAUGCAUGAAUUGGGGUUGACACCCUCGUGGAUGGAAUCCGCUUCAUAUUCCAUGAUGCCUUCCGCCAACCAUCACCCAGGCUUUUAUACCCCAACAUCUGGCGGGAUGGGUGCAAUGUUUCAUAAUCAGGCCGGCGACUUGCAUACUCCAACAGGGAUGCACUUGAUCAAUCCACUCUCGGGGAUGUCAGCUAUACACAAUUAUCACAGCAGCGGAUUCGAGCCCUUCCACCCGCAGUUCAUGAAUUCACUGCAUGAUAUGAACCAAUAUACACAGCAGCCAUCAUAUGCGCCCAGCGCAUUCAUGCACCGUGACCCCGGAUACGACGCCAUGGAUGAUACACUCGAUGACUCUUCCUUGAAUGGUGCACAUGUCGAAACAGCAUCCAACGUGACGGCUUCUACAGAAUUAUCGGCUCAAACGGCUGGUGACAUGUCAUAUGCCAAGGGCGAAAAAUUCCGCUUCCAUGUUUCUCUACGAGCACCGACCGCCAUGGUGAAGCACCUGAGUGAAAUUCCCGUGACCUAUCUCAAUAAGGGCCAAGCAUACAAUCUCUCAGUUACCGACACGAGCCCCCCAAUGAUCAACCACGAACCGCUUCGUUAUAGAACAUUUGUCCGUGUUUCCUUUGAAGAACAAGAACAACGAGCGAAACCAUCAACAUGUUGGCAACUAUGGAAGGAAGGUCGUGGCACCACAGAAGCCCAUCAACGGGGCGGAAAAUUAUUAGCUGUUGAAUACGUGGAUCCUUUACAAGGAGGCGGUGAUGCCCACAGGCAUCGACAGGUACAAGUCGAGAGUAUGACAGUUGACGGUUUCUGCGUCACUUGGACUGCCAAUCCAGCGACCGGCGCAUCGGAUUGUAAUAUCCCCCUGCGAUUCAAUUUCCUUUCUACAGAUUUCAGUCACUCCAAAGGGGUGAAGGGAAUUCCCGUCAGAUUGUGCGCCAAAACCGAGCUCUUAUCCCCGGGCGAGGAUGCAGGUGUAUCGCGCGAUGUGGAGCUGUCUUACUGCAAAGUAAAGCUUUUCCGGGAUCAUGGUGCUGAGCGGAAGCUGUCCAAUGACAUCGCGCAUGUCAAAAAGACCAUCGAUAAGCUUAAGCAGCAGGUCUCCCAAGCUGAACUGGGUGGUGGGAUCCGACACUAUGAAGCCGAGUCACAAGCGAACUUGGUCGAUGGACUCGGACGAUGCCCCCCAGAGAGAGUCUCCUUGGAAGAUGAUCUUCAAGCCAAGUUGGCUACGAUGCAAGAGAUGUUUUCAUCUACUCGCACAGUGAGCGUUUUCGGCUUACGCGGUGAAAAAUUCGAUGAUCCCGACCUAUAUCCUAUUCACUUAUUGGGUGAUGGCGAUUCCCCUCAUUAUGGGGGUAUAAGCCGUUCAAGCACACGUGAAUUGGAGACUAUGAUUCCCUCGCCCCCCAACACCAAUACCUCUUCUUCGAAUUCGCCGCCUAUUCAUGCACUCCGAUUAAGCAAGUGCCCAACCACCAUCCAGAGAAUUCCUACUGGUGACCAAGUCUCAAGGGGCUUUAUAGAGGCCGUGGGUAUAGACUCGACCUACCGGCCUCCGGCGGAACGCCUUCCCAAACCGAUUGCAUGCUUUUAUGUUCGAUUCGCUGGAAAUGCGAAGCGCUCAGAAGAUUAUUACCGUGCAAUUUAUUUGACGGAACGCACCGCUCGAGACUUCGCGAAACAAAUUAGCGAGAAAUUCCACAUCGAUCCGAUCCGAAUUUCAAAUAUCACGCAUGCCAAUCAGAAAGGUAUGCGAGUCCUCGUUGAUGACGAUCUGGUCCGCCAUCUUCCAGAAGGUCAAGACAUGAUCGUCGACAUCGAAGCACCAGGUCCCAAUGGCAGUGCUCCUAACACACCAGGAUCUGCCAUUGAGAUCAAAUUAACCUAUUAA